CAAAACCACGUUUAAAUGGGCCGCCGGAACACCGCACUGCACACCUUCCCAAGAGCCCAGAAGCUCCUCGAAAAGCCUAUAAAUCCUCCCAUUAGCCCCCCCAUCUCUCUACCCACCAACCCCACCAACCAGCUCUCAGCCAUGGCUUCUUCUUCUAGCUUUACGUUCUUCUCAUUAACCUUCUACUCCUUGUUCUUGGUUUUCGUGGUCCAGCAGGUAGCGGCCCAGUACCCGGCGAUGAUGUUGACCGUGGUCAACAACUGUCCCUUCACGGUGUGGCCGGCCAUCCAGCCCAACUCUGGCCACGACCUCCUCGAGAAGGGAGGCUUCGCCCUCCCGACUCUGACCCACCGGUCCUUUCAGGCCCCGACCCACCACUGGUCCGGCCGCAUCUGGGCCCGGACCGGCUGCACCUUCUCCGGCGGCCGCUUCUCCUGCAGCACCGGUGACUGCGGCGGCCGUCUCGAAUGCGGCGGCCUCGGCGGCGCCGUCCCCUCCACCCUUGCCCAGAUCACCCUCCACCACGGCGGCCGCCGCGACCUCACCUCCUACGGCGUCAGCCUCGUCGACGGCUUCAACGUGGGCAUGACCGUCACCCCGCACGAGGGCAAGGGCCAGUGUCCCGUCGUCGGAUGCCGCGCCAACCUCCUCGCCACGUGUCCCGACGUGCUCCAGGUGCGGGCCCCGGCGGGGGGGGCUGUGAUUGGGUGCAAGAGCGGUUGCCAGGCCUUCGGUACCGACGAGCUGUGCUGCCGGAACAAGUUCAACGACCCUCGCACGUGCCGGGCGUCGACGUACUCGGAGUUCUUCAAGCACGCGUGCCCGGCCACCUUUACGUACGCUCACGACAGCCCUUCCCUCACCCAUGACUGCGCAUCUCCCAAAGAACUUAAGGUCAUCUUCUGUCACUGAUCCUGAAUCCUGCUUUCACUACAUCUCUAUGUUGUUAGGAACUUGUUGCUCUUUAACGUUCUAGUAGUCUAUAUGUUGUUAUGUUCUUCUGCUAAGGUUAAGGUGUGGAUGAAGUUGAUGUAAUGGCCGGCUAUGGUUGUAUGGUAAUUUGGUUUGGUUAAAAGAAGAUGUAUUUAACUUUGAACUUCUACAGAAGAAGUGGUUUGAUUUGGGAA